UCUUUCGUUCCUGUGUUUGUUGUCUGUUUUGCUUGUCUGCUUUUUAGAAUAAAAUCGAGACCAAAACGGGGGAGGAAGACACUAUUAGGGGUUAUAAUGUUUCUGGGAACUAUUCGCAUUAUCAAUCGUGAAUCCAAGAAUUAUGCUGAAAAAGAACAAUGAGUGGACAUUCUGAAGAAAAGCUGAAUGUGGACAUCAUUGUGGAAUUCCUUGAAGUUGCAAUUCAUUGCAUCCUUUACAACCGGAAUUUGUAUCCUCAAGGAGUAUUUGAGAAAAAGAUCAAGUAUAAUGUUCCUGUCCAAAUGUGUUUGCAUCCAGAUGUUUGUGCGUACGUGGGCCACAUCAUCCAGAGCCUGAAACUACUUCUCGCUGAGGGAAAAGUCGAGAAAGUUGCUGUGGUGAUUCUUCAGGAAGACACUGGCUUACCUGUGGAAAAAUUUGUCUUUGAAGUGAGCGAUUUGAAAGAAAAGUGGAGAGAGACUGACCCGCAUCUAUUCCGAGUAGAGCAGGCGCUACGUGGCUUCCUCUUGAAACUGAACGUCAGCGAUGGCUUGCUGAUGACGUCCUCUACAGCUACUACAUGGACCAUCCAUGCCCACACAAAAGAUUCCACGUUAUCGUCUGCUGAGGAGAAGCUGAUCCAAAUGGAUUUCCCUUGGACAGAAGCGGAUGAGCAACAACAAAAAAUUCCCAAUGCUAAAAUAAUUCCGGUGAAAAGUGUGUCCACGGAUAUAUUUGAUAUGCAGCUGUAUGUUGAGGAGGGCGGAGACCCUUUGUCCUGACCUCUGUCUGGCUGGUGGCCAACACAAACAGUUUCCUGGGGAGUUUCCAUGUCGUGGAGAGGCCGGUGCUUCUUCUUACUCCUUGUGAAAACUAAUUCUUUACCCACGAACGUUGUAUUCAUAAGUUUCAUUGAUCCUGGAUGUUAUCUUCACCAUCGGAAAUUAACAAUUAUGGGAGCAAACAAAUCAACAGAAAAUAGAACAUAAAAGUUUGAAAGAGAAAAUGGAAGUGGAUUGGACUCACCUUGAGAAAACAGAAAACAGAUAUUGGUUACCCACCAAGCCUUCAGGUGGAAUCCAUGAGGAAAGAUAAA